AUGAAGGCCGUUACUUCCUGGAGCCUUGUGGCCCUCCUGCUGCAGGCCACUGGCACUAACGCCGCGAUCCGGACUGAUCUCGGCGCCCGCAAUGUGCAGAUCGCGGAGAUGGACGGCACUGGUGUCCGCCAUGGGGAUCAGAUUGUCUUCUCCGAUCCCCGCUCCGACUUCGAGGAGUACUUCCGUUGCGCUCCCGCGUCCGGCAAGCACCUCACCUUCAGCGCGUCUGGACGGUACGCUGCCUGCUGCUACCCCUCUCAGCAGCUUAUUGGCAGCAUCGACACUGCCUUUGACUGCUGCGGCGAAGGCCACGAGCUCGCUGGCUCCAACAGAACUGGGUACCGCUGCUGCCCUAUCAGCCAGAUCUUCGAUGGCCAGGUCUGCAAGGCCCCUCAGCCUGUGUGCACGAAGGGCAAGGUGCUGGUGAACAACAAGUGUGUCUGCCCCGCCGGAUACUUCGAGAACGCUCUGGGCAACUGUGAGCGUACCUGCACCUCCGGUAUCUCCACUGGCAAGUGCUACACUUUCACCUGGGAGAACGCCGAGCGUCUCGGCUUCAACGCUGAGGGUUACUACCUCGCCGCCCAAGACGAUCUCCAGCAGAAGUUUGGCAAGUUCCAGCUCUGCAAGGACGAAGUCUGCACGCCUAACCUCCCCGUCAACCCCGAGGACGGUUUCCGCAUCAAGGACCUGCACGGCAACCCCGUUGACGGCCAGCAGCCUGGUCUGUGGCUCAACAACGCCCACAACGGCGGCCAGAUCGGCAAGACCGUGCACUGGGACAAGUCGGGCGAGUUCUCCCUCACCAAGUGGCCCUGCGGCAAGUACUGCCUGACCGGAUACGACCACGGUCUGGGCGUUGCCUACCCUGCCCUGACCCCUGCCUUCACCUUCACUACCUAUGACCAGCAGUCGUGCAUCCCCAUCGAUAUCACCGAGGUGCCCUGCGACGUCCGCCACCCCAACAACAACUGCAUCUGGAAGAACGGCAAGGAUCAGUGCUGCAACUCGGUGGACUGCACCGCCCAGUGA